UCUUUCAUGAACUUCACCGCCAUGGCACACCCCCUCUUCUUCCUCCUGGUUCUCUCCAUCUUUCCCACCGCCUCCGGCACCGCCGCAAGCUUAUCGUCACCAUACUGUCCGACAUAUGACUGUGGUAACGGUGUACAGAUAAGGUACCCUUUCUGGCGCCUAGACAACACCACCUCUACCCAAUUUUGUGGGUAUCGUGAUUUCGGUCUCACUUGCUCCGAUUCCGGUGAGCCCAUACUGAGUCUACCCGGUGAUUCAUACUACGUCAAAAAUAUCAAUUAUAAAGAAUAUACCCUUACCCUAGUGGAUAUUGACAUUUUGGACCAACCGUGCCCUAGGGCGCGUCACAACCUUACUAUCACUGCCACGCUUCCGUUGUAUUACUCUUCUUUGGAUUUGAACCUCACUUUUUAUUUUAAUUGCACUUCCACCUCUUCCGUUUUACAACAUAUACAGUGCUUAGCAUCCUAUCCGAGGAAGUCUUAUGUUUUUAUAGUGGGGGAGGAGACGGACAACUUCGAUUGGUUGGCAAAUUGCGAGGAGAAGGUGGUGGCAACGGUGAUGGAGGAGGAGAUCAGUAUUGCGAACUUGAGUGGUGGGUUUGGUGGGGCCAUGAAGAAGGGCUUUAUACUUGAUUGGCGAAGUGUUAGAGAUUGUGGUGAGUGUGAGGCACAUGAUGGGCUGUGUGGGUACAAUAAUGCUCAAGGGGAGGGCUUGUGCUUUUGCAAGGAUGGCUCCAUAAGCAGGGAUAACUGUAAAGAAAGACUUAUGAGGCGUUUACCAAGUCAAUCCAUAACGUCUAGUGGGGAUUGA